GUCUUUCCAUCCACAUGCGGUCACAACCUCACCUCCUACCCACUCACACACUCACAAGCGGCUCCUGCAAAGAUCGGACGCACACUGAAAUAGAGUGAAGGACGAAGAAAUAACCUACCUGUCAGUCAGCUAUGCAGCUAUUACACACAGCCAGACCAACGUACCCUUCGGUACCCAUAUGAUACACAGCACCGCACCGCCCCGCCCCGCCCACACACACACUCACACACUCAGCUAUUUGAUGCUGAUGAGCUUCAGUUCUGAGUACGACGUCGCCCCCCACCCAUUCACCGACGCAGGCACUAUCAGCCGACGCACCUCGCCCUCACUCAUCGAUAAGAACGCCUCAGCCGACCAGGUAAGAAGCCGAGUGAAACCAACCGUUUGACCCCGAUGCUGAUGCCACACGUCGGCCGCGUCGAAUGCGUCUUUCCACGAGAUGUGGUCGAAUGUGAUUUGCUGUGUGAGGCGGGGUGUGGUGCCGUUGCCGGGCUGGACGAUUCGGUAGAGCACACCGAGGGGGGUGCGCUUGUAGUCGCCGUCACCGCUGCAGCCAGCAGUGAAUGGCACACACGUGCAUCGACCUGGAGGCGACGACGAUCGUUUUCUUGUCACUUCCUGACCCACCUGUCGUCUGGGAGGGAUAGGUCGAUCUCGAUGAGGAUGCCGUACAUGGCCGCCGUCUGCCCACACACACACACACAGGGAUAAAUAAGCAUCUCUGCCUUCAUCCAUCCCUCCUCCCUCCCUCCCUCCCUCCCUCUGGCUCUUUGUGACCUUUUCGAAGAAGCGCUGCUCCGCAGGUGUGGCCAUUCGGAGGGGCACACGCACGGCGUCCCUGAGGUAGGGCUUCCUGUCGCUGAAGGCGGCGGCCAGCCGUUUGCGGCGGUAGAAGUCGACCAGCCGGCGGAUGUGCGCGUCGCUCACACUCUCAAUCGGCGCCGACCACCUGAGCUCCGACAACAGAGGCAGGCACACACACACACACAUGUGUUAUCAUCGUGAGGGCGGCUCGGUUGGUUGGGCUUACAGUGAUGCGUCGUGUCUUCUGCCCAGCGCCACGUCGCCCAUCUCGUCGAUAGUGCUUUUCAGAGUCGAUAUCGUUCUGCCACAGACGUCGACGGAGCAUAUGGUCUCACUGUCACCGUACAGCGGUUUCAGGAAUGGGUUGACGCUCUGCAGACAGACGCGCAAUGCAGAAGACAAUGACACACACAGAGAUGGGAACAAGGCGCUGCUUCCGUGUCCAUCCGGCAGCCCACCUCUGUUUCGGUUUUGAGCAGCUCCAUCUCUUGGUCCAGCUUUGCCUGCUCGGCGUCGAAGGCCUUGACGAAGGUCGCCACCGAACUUAGCAGCCCACUCAGCUUGGCGUGGGCCGUGCUCACGACCGAUUGCUGCUGCUGCUGCUGGGCUGUGCCGUCGUCGGGUUCUUUCAAUGGCGAGAGCAGCAGCUUGAUAUAAAAGUCAUGAGGGCCUACAAGACGGGACAGAGAGAGGAUGGAAGGAUGGAUGGAUGAUGAGUGUGCUGACCUCACUUCGCCUCGCCUCCCCUCACCCCGCCCCUCACCCCGCCCCUCACCUUUCAGGUUCCGCCUGUGUGCCGCCUUGACGAGGUCAUCCACGCCCUCCCUCUCCCCAGCAAAGAUGGCGUUGCGUAUGGACGAGAACGCCGCUGAGUCGACGUCGAGGAACAUCCUCCCGCUGCUGUCCUUGAGGAAGCACUCGUCCCACCUGCCCGAGAACAGGGCUGCGAGGAGCGUCCCCUCCGCACCACUUGCCGUCAGGUGCCUCCGCCUCAUCCUCGACACACUCCCUCCCACAUUCAGAUGCAGCAGAUCGUCCUCACCGCUGCUGUUGCUGGCGGUCGUCGUAGCGCUCGUCGUCGACAGACCAUUGCUGGCGUCAGCAGCUCCCUUGGUGCAGGCGAGAAAGAUAGAGGCCAUCUUGUUGGCCAUGGGCUUGGUGGUCGAUGCCGGUGUGGGGUGAGAUCUCACUGACGCCUUGAGGUUGCGGUCCUUGAUGCUCUCGCGCAUGGCGCUGAUCUCUUGGCGCUGAGCCUGCAGGCCUUCGAGGGCAAGACGGACCUGUGUGUCGAGGGCACUCGUCGCCUCCACCCGAUUCAGGGAACCCAUCCACACACACAACGCUAAUCUUCC